GUGGAGCCCGGCCUGAGCUGGCAGAGCCGAGCGUGUGAGUGUUUGCGCGUGAAAGCGAGGGCUGCACGGUGCUCGGCACUGACACCGCCGGCCACGGCCCAGGUCGCUGCAGCCCCGGAGUCUCCCGUCUGCGCCCCAAGGCACGCGCGAAGCAGCCAUGAACACCAACGAAGCCAAGGAGUAUCUGGCCCGGAGAGAAAUCCCUCAGCUUUUCGAGAGCCUUUUGAAUGGACUGAUGUGUUCGAAGCCUGAAGACCCAAUAGAAUACUUGGAAAGUUGUUUACAGAAAGUAAAGGAAUUAGGGGGAUGUGACAAGGUGAAAUGGGAUACAUUUGUAAGCCAGGAGAAGAAGACUUUACCUCCACUCAAUGGAGGACAGUCACGGAGAUCCUUCCUAAGAAAUGUAAUGCCUGAAAAUUCAAACUUUCCUUAUCGGCGGUAUGAUCGGCUCCCUCCAAUCCAUCAAUUCUCCAUAGAAAGUGACACAGACCUUUCUGAGACUGCAGAACUAAUUGAGGAGUAUGAGGUCUUUGAUCCUACUAGACCUCGACCAAAAAUCAUUCUUGUCAUAGGUGGUCCAGGAAGUGGAAAGGGUACUCAGAGUUUGAAAAUCGCAGAACGUUAUGGAUUUCAGUACAUUUCAGUGGGAGAAUUAUUAAGGAAAAAGAUCCACAGUACCAGCAGCAAUAGGAAAUGGAGUCUUAUUGCCAAAAUAAUUACAACUGGAGAACUGGCCCCACAGGAAACAACAAUUACAGAGAUAAAACAAAAAUUGAUGCAAAUGCCUGAUGAAGUGGGCAUUGUUAUUGAUGGAUUUCCGAGAGACGUCGCUCAGGCACUAUCUUUUGAGGACCAAAUCUGUACUCCUGACUUGGUGGUGUUCCUGGCUUGCGCCAAUCAGAGACUUAAAGAAAGAUUACUGAAGCGUGCAGAGCAACAGGGUCGACCUGAUGACAAUCUGAAAGCUACCCAAAGGAGACUAAUGAACUUCAAGCAGAACGCUGCUCCAUUGGUUAAAUACUUCCAGGAAAAGGGGCUCAUCAUGACAUUUGAUGCCGACCGGGACGAGGAUGAGGUGUUCUAUGACAUCAGCAUGGCAGUUGACAGCAAGUUAUUUCCAAACAAAGAGGCUGCAGCAGGUUCAAGUGACCUUGAUCCUUCAAUGAUGUUGGACACCGGAGAGAUCACUGAUACAGGAUCUGAUUAUGAAGAUCAGGGUGAUGAACAAUUAAAUGUGUUUGGAGAAGACCCCAUGGGAGGUUUCACAGAAGACUUGAAAAAGUGUAAAAUUAUUUUCAUAAUUGGUGGCCCAGGCUCUGGCAAAGGCACACAGUGUGGAAAGCUGGUGGAAAAAUAUGGAUUUACACAUCUCUCGACUGGCGAGCUCCUGAGGAAUGAGCUGUCAUCAGAAUCUGAAAGAAGCAAGUUGAUCAGAGGCAUCAUGGAACGUGGAGAGCUGGUGCCCUCAGGCAUCAUUCUGGAGCUCCUGAAGGAGGCCAUGGUGGCCAGCCUCAGCAGCACCAAAGGCUUCCUGAUUGACGGCUAUCCUCGGGAAGUGAAGCAAGGAGAAGAGUUUGGACGUAGGAUUGGAGACCCACACCUGGUGAUCUGUAUGGACUGCUCAGCAGACACCAUGACCAACCGCCUUCUCCAGAGGAGCCGGAGCAGCCCACAGGCAGAUGACAACACCACUACCAUCGCCAAGCGCCUUGAGACCUACUACCGGGCCUCCAUCCCCGUGGUCGCCUACUAUGAGACGAAAACACAGCUACACAAGAUAAAUGCAGAGGGCACACCAGAAGAAGUUUUUCUUCAACUCUGCACAGCUAUUGACUCUAUUUUCUGAAGGCAAAAAACGCAUGUAUGUUAAGAGUGGAACAGAGAAAAAUAUUAAAAGGUUCAUCGAUUAACACAGUAUGUUUCGAUUUAAACCUGUGUGUCCCCCGCCUCGAAAUCCUGACAUUGCUGUUUGCUUCCCAGCUUGACCUGAGAGGUGUGUGGAAAUCAUGCAUGGUGUAUUUGGUAUUACCCAGCCUUUUCUUCCUCAGUCAGACAGUAGUCUGCACUCACAGCACGCACUCUUUUCUGUCACCUCAGAGCUAAAUUAGUAUGUGAACAGCAGUGCAGUGCCCGUCUGUCAGGUGUGCCUUCAGAACUAAUCAUUUCAUUCUACUCGCCUCAGAGAGGGAGGAGUUAGUGUCCUUAACGCCCCAUCACAUCUCCCUUCCUCUCUUCAAGAUUUGUUGUUACCUAAGGCCCUUAAUAUGGGGGGCAAGCUGGGGCAUCUCCCUCUGCAAGCUGUUUCCUCAAAGUCUCAUCCAGCUCAGAACCACGGAGAUUGGGUUAGCAAGUGAACACCAACUGUUCCUAAGAAAUUUGAUUAAAUUUCUAAAAAUGUUAUAAGAGCUUUUUAAAAUUUGAAAGUGCAUAGCUUUUUUGAAGAUAGCAAAAUCUAGACUAGUCACCGAUAACAUUUCUCUAUUCACUUCUGUAAAACUGGCGACUUGGAAUACUGUCACAUUGGCUAAAAGAACAAACUGGAUAAACUGUCUAACUUACUCUUCUAUAAAAUAGUUGGUGCAUCUGGGGAAUUAUACAUUAAUACCAAUGACCACACGGAAUUUCAAAGCAUGAGGUGAUUUGUUAUUGCAUUCACUGGACUAACGUCAACUUAUGCCACCUGUGUAGUUACCAAGCAAAUAAGAAAUGUAAUAACAAAACUGACGUGGGAGGAAGGGGCAUGUCAGUACACGAUGUUUUAACAGAGUUUAAUGCUGUAUUUGUUCCAUAAAGGCCCUUUACAGAGGUUUGCAAACCUUAUAUCCAUAUGUAAAAUUGUGUUUCCUCAAAUCAAACCAGUGAAGUUUGGGUUCUCUUUUGUGCUACCAGCUGCCAAGUCAGAGUUUCUUACAUAUUCUACUGGAAUAAUUGCAUUUAGUCACUACAAAAGACCACAGUUUCAGUUUGCAUGAUUUUUUUUUUUUUUUCCUUCAAUGGUUGUGCAGGAUUGAAGGAUUCAUUUCUGGGACAGAAUUGUAUUUUUA